AACCGGCCUGAGGCGGAGGGAGGCGAGCGAGUGCGGGCGGAUCCCCCUGGGGCAGGCGAGGGCGGUGGCAGCCAGGAGGAGCCCGGGAAGGGCAGGGAAGGGACAGCGCGCAACUGACGGACAGUGAUCUAGCAUUAGUGGUUUGUGGUAAGCAGAGAAGUGAUGGCUGCUUUUAAGUUGGAGUUCCUCCCAGAAAUGAUGGUGGAUCAUUGCUCCUUGAAUGCCAGCCCGAUCUCAAAGAAAAUGAAUGGCACAUUGGAUCAUCCUGACCAACCAGACCUAGAUGCUAUCAAGAUGUUUGUGGGCCAAGUCCCACGGAGUUGGUCUGAAAAAGACUUGCGAGAUUUAUUUGAACAGUAUGGUGCUGUCUAUGAAAUUAAUGUCCUGCGAGACAGAAGCCUAAACCCUCCUCAGAGCAAAGGGUGCUGUUUUGUUACAUUUUAUACCCGUAAAGCUGCACUAGAAGCACAGAAUGCUCUUCAUAACAUGAAGAUCCUCCCAGGGAUGCACCAUCCCAUUCAAAUGAAGCCAGCUGACAGUGAAAAGAAUAAUGCCGUGGAAGAUAGAAAACUAUUCAUUGGGAUGAUCAAGAAGUGCAAUGAAAAUGAUAUCAGAAUGAUGUUUUCCUCUUUUGGUCAAAUUGAAGAAUGCAGAAUUCUACGGGGUCCUGAUGGUUUAAGUCGAGGUUGUGCUUUUGUGACUUUUACUACAAGAGGAAUGGCACAAACAGCAAUCAAAGCAAUGCAUCAAGCACAGACUAUGGAGGGAUGCUCUUCUCCCAUCGUAGUGAAAUUUGCAGAUACUCAGAAGGAAGAACAGAAACGAAUGGCACAACAACUCCAGCACCAGAUGCACCAGAUUAGCGCUGCCUCUGUUUGGGGAAACUUGGCUGGACUGAACACACUUGGACCCACUUUAUUUACAGCUCCUCAGCAGACAGCAGCUGCUUCCUCUGGGAAUUUGAACACACUGGGCAACCUUCACCCAAUGGGAGGGUUGAAUGCAAUGCAAUUGCAGAAUCUAGCUGCAUUAGCAGCUGCAGCUAGCGCAGCUCAGAAUACCCCAAGUGGAACAAAUGCACUCAACUCUUCCAAUAGUCCAUUAAGUGUGCUCACCAGUUCAGGUUCGUCACCCAGUUCCAGUAGCAGUUCCUCAGUAAAUCCAAUGGCUUCUCUUGGAGCGCUACAAACACUGGCAGGGGCUACUGCAGGCCUGAAUGUUGGCUCUUUAGCAGGAAUGGCAGCCCUAAAUGGAGGGCUAGGUAGCGGUGGCCUUUCAAAUGGCACAGGGAGCACAAUGGAGGCCCUAACUCAGGCAUACUCUGGGAUUCAGCAAUAUGCUGCUGCCACAUUGCCCACACUUUAUAACCAGAGUCUUUUAACACAGCAAAGUAUUGGUGCAGCAGGAAGUCAGAAGGAAGGUCCAGAAGGAGCCAAUCUGUUCAUCUACCAUCUUCCCCAGGAGUUUGGGGACCAAGACCUUCUUCAGAUGUUCAUACCUUUUGGGAACGUUGUCUCUGCCAAGGUUUUCAUUGACAAGCAGACCAAUCUGAGCAAAUGUUUGGUAUUUUUUCUUUUCUUAGGUUUUGUAAGUUAUGACAAUCCCGUCUCUGCACAAGCUGCCAUCCAGUCAAUGAAUGGAUUUCAAAUUGGCAUGAAGCGACUGAAAGUACAGCUCAAGCGCUCUAAGAAUGACAGCAAGCCAUAUUGAGUGCCCCUCCCCCUGGAACUGGAGUGAGAAGGAUCUUCUGAUUCCUGCCGUUUGUUCAUCGUUGUGCCUAAAGCAUGUCGAUGUGGCGUUCAAGUACAUCGUCCAAAUCCUUGUCUCUUCAGCUUCUCUGAUGCUUGAACUCUCACCCUUUGACCUUGUGUUGACUUUUGAUGCUGAUGUGUAUUUUUAUUAUGUUUGUUUCUUCUUUUUUUCCUUCCUUUUUUUGUGCUGCCAAAUUGGUUUUGCUAGAAAGACUGCUGAUGGGGAAUAUUUAAACUUGCAUUUGAAUAUAAAGAAUUCUAUUUUUCUAGAACUUCAUAAGAUAACCACUUGAUUUUGUGAUUCUGAUUCUUUGUAAUUGUCUUCAGAGCAGCCUUGCUAGCAUACCUCGUGGAGUAUUUGUAUUUCUGUGAACAUACAGCCAAUCACUUUCUAGGCUUAGUUUUUUCUGUGUGCUUAGUUUCAACAAAAAAUCUUUGAAGGAAAAAGUAAAAGGAUGCAACUCAAAGCUUUCAGGAGGUUUCUGGUCACAUUUUGCUGAACCUACCUGGCCAUGCUUGAGGAGAGAGCAUGUGUUUAUUGAUUUGAGUAGCUUCAGCAGAAAACACUUGAACUACACUUUUUCCUGAUUGUAGCUGCAUUUUUGCCCUGGCACUUAACUGCUUUUUCCUUCCUGUGUGAUUAUCAGCCUUUGUCUGCGGUGAGAAUUUAAUCAAAGUUGGUGUUGUAUUUUGUUAAACCUUUGCAUGCUUAGUUUUUUGUAACUACAAUCUCCUCAGCAAAAUGUGACUUUUUGUUUUUGUUUUGUUUUUCUUUUAAAAUUUCAAAUAAUGCCCCUGUAAACGUUUUGCAUGUUUCCUGCUGUGUUCUUCACAAUCCUGUAUAUAUAUAUACACCCUUCACCUCUGUUUUCUAUAGUUGGUGCAAAAACUGAGCAAUUUAUUAGGUUUCAAAGCUGUCCUAUUUUGGAUGCCAGACUUGUGAUCAUAUGUCAUGUAAGGACAUCUCCUGUGCAUUUAGACUGCUUUACACAGUAUCUGCACCUUGCUCUAUUAUCACAGCUAUGGAAAGGUCUCAGGGGCUUGAUUGCACUGUUCAGAUGGUCAUGGUGGCAGCGGCAGGGAUACAAGUUUAACAGAAAGAUGUGGGAUGUUUGCGUAAUACUGCUUCUGAAAUCCAACGGAGCUCAGGCUCUUUUGGGGUAGCCUUAAUUUGUACCUCUUGUUUAAUAUGCGACUUGCUUUGUGAAAUUUUAACACCAUUAACUCUCAGUGAAUGGAAGCUUGAUUGCUCUCCAGUUCUUACACUUGAAAUAGCAUGUCGUAUAUAUCCCAUGGAAGGAAUCUGUAAGCCUAGGCACAAAACUGCUGGCUCUUUCUCCAAGUGACAAGCACAAUAUAACAGCGCGUUGGCUGUUACCUGAACAGGGUACCAACCCCGGCUCCUUUUCUCAGGGGCCUUAGCUGGGGGAACCUCCUCUGUGGAGAAUUUUUUUAAAAAGUUUUGUUCUUUAAUUGGGUUAGGAGACAUGCAGUUUUCUUUUUUUCUUUUUCUUUUUCUGGCCUGAUGAAGAAAUAGGACAGAUUAUCCUUCUCUGGGAAACAUGCUUCAGCUUUGCUGCACAUAUGAUCUGCUUUAGAAGCUGAGAUAUAGUCCGGGGGCUUCACAGCACCUGAAAAAAGUCCUGUGGUAAGGACUAAGCACAAGGGGCAACGGGGUGGAGGAGAAGCUAUGAAGGAAUUUUAACAGGAGGAAGGAAUGUGAAACAAAACAUUUGGAGAGUAGAAACAUGUAAGAGACCUAUCUAGGCCUUAGGAAGCUUUCACUCUAUUGUUGGCAAAAAAAAAACAGCUGCCAACUCUCUUGCUGGAUGGGUAAUCUCUCUCCGUAUUUGUUCUUCUCUCAACCUGGUGAUCAGCAUCUCUAAGGAUGAGAGUGACUUGAAAGGGGAUAUAUCAUUGCAUUAUUUGGGGUACAGCUGUGAGAUGAUUGACCUUAGGCUCACAGUCACAAUGCACAGGGGUGUCUGAUGGCAGGGAAGUCAAGGCCUUGCAGUGUAUUAAUUAAUUUUGCCAAUACAUUUCUUUAUAAUGCGCAUACAGUUUCAUGAGAAACUCUGGAGAAUCCUGUGGUAAAAAAAAUAAUCUCUGGAGAAAACCAAAAUGCCAAACAUUAGAUGUUCCUUUCCUUUCUUUCCUUUGAUUGUUUUAAUAAUUCUGUGGUGGUUUUAAUGGAUUUGAGACAGUAAAGCAGCAGCUGCCUUUUAUUUCUAGCUGCUUUUUGUGAAUAAUUAAAAAAAAGAAAAUUUACAUUUUGGAAAAAAAAACCUGUGGGCUUUUUUAUUGGUACAAACAUUGUAUUUAACACUAGGGGUUUUGUACAGUUUUUUGCCUUUUCUACUAGAAAACAAUGUAAAGUGAUUCACAAAUGUGACAAGAAAACAAAUUGCCACUAUGACCAAAUGUAGAAUCUGUUCUGCAGUUUAACAGGAUUUAAUCAACUCAAAGUCGUGAUUCUGUUGUAGCAAUGCUUUUCUUUACCCUGUUUGAACUGUUCCUUUUUCUUGUUUGAUUUGCAAAACAAAAUGUCUUUUUUGUGUGAAAUUGUGUUGUACUCUGUAGAAAAAUUAUGGAUUUUACUUUAGUGGUUAAAAAAGAAGCACAUGUUGCUUUUCUGAUCACGGAGUUUGUGUAGUGGAUUUAAAAAAAUGAAAGUUUUGUUACAAGUUUGGAACGAGCGAGUAUGUAUUAAGGAAUUUUCUUCCUUUUGUGUGUGGUUUCUUUUUGUCCCACUGGGGAACUUAAAGCUGUUUUAAUUGCACAGACACACAGACAAGAAGUCAUUUUGUAUAUGCCAAGUGUGGUAUCUCCCUUUGUUUAUUUGCUAUUAAACUGUUUGAGAAGAAA